UUAUAAGCUCCACACCGCACAGCGCUGCCAGGAGUGCAUUACUGAAACGUGACACUGCAGGUGUUCAAGCAUCGUCUUUGCUAAAAGAGCGAGCAGUUAAAGUCGAUAUGAAGAAGAUUUUCAGCAGAAAGAAGAAGAUUCGGAUGAGUGAAGGCAAGAAACCUUUAAUAGAAAAUAACAACAACAUACAAGACGGACAUGACUGUGCAGGUCAUGGGUAUGAGAACCCUUUGGCCCAGAACUCCUUUAACUCUGCAGAGGAGCAAUCCAUGCAGAGACAACAAAGCAGCUCACUUAUGGAUCUCAUUCAGUGUCUUGGGGUGUCCUCUGAAAGCCUUUACAACCUCAUAGAGGCUAAUUUGGGACAACAGAGUGUCAUUGCUUGGUCCAACCCUCAGACAUUCAAUAUCCUGCACAAAAUGCUCCAGGAGAUCAAAUCUGUCAAGCAAUGCCUGCAACUGAUGGACUGGGUCCAACAUAAAUAUCUGAGCAGGGAGGUGCUUUUUAGUUCAGACCAAAAGCUGUUCUGUGAAUGGAAAGACAAGGCAAAGGAGCAGCUGCUUCAAAGUGUGCAGAAAGAGAUCAGAGAGUCCCUGGACAAAAUCCUGCAGAAUGAGACCGGCAUAGCUCCAAACUGCAUAGAAGAAGAUUAUGUUAAACUUUAUGUGGACACUAUCCAGUGUAUUAAUGCCGUACCCAGAGAAGCACAAAAACUCCUUCCAGAACUGCACGAUGAAGUGCAAGAAAUUUGUUUCCAAGAGUUUCGAACAUUUGUCAAGAGGUACAGUGAAGAGCAGUAUGUCGAUCUUAAAAAAUGGGCACAAACUGACAACCCAGAAACAAUACACUUCCUCAAAACACUGAAAACAUGUAAGGAACUCAGGAAGUAUGCUCAGACGAUUGGUACGGGAGUCACACUUUCUCUUGUCAAAGAAACUGUGGAAACACUGGAUAACCUGGAGCAGUCUACUUUAACAUUCCUGAUGGAAAUUAUAACUGUUAUUGCAGAGAACCACUUUAAAGAUUUCUUCAGAUCGGGCAGCAACUUGAACCACUUUGUUUACCGUGUUUACAGUCACUUCCCCACACUGCCCUAUGUUAUGGAUGAGAAAAAAGAGGUGGUGAAUGAGGCCUAUAAGAUCAUCGCCCGCACUUAUGUCGAACAUCUUAUAACAAACAAGCAGAGAACCCUGAAGGGGCGAUGGGCUCCUAAUAUUGGUGAACAAAUACAUGAAGAUGCAAACCAUCUUCACAAGAGCAUUUCACUCUUGGCUCCCGGUGUCCACGAGUGGCGCAAGAUGAUGCUGGGCAUCCAAGAGGUGUUGGACUGCACAUCCAUUGAUGCACUGAAGAUAAUAAUGGCACGACUACAGCAGGACUAUUUCAGAAAGAGUGAGGACUUCAAGUUCCUGAACAAGUUGCUGAAGUGGAAGGGUCUUUCUAAUGGCGAUGUCAACGAGGUGCUGGACGCUCUUCCCGGCAGUGAAUCCAGACCUAUUUGCAGGUCCUGUUUCUCCUGCCUUACCUGCUGGUGACGGCUUAGUUGGGCAACACGGGAUGAAGCGCAACAAAAAAGAUCAACACUGAUUGUUACAUGUUUGUUUAUGAAACAUAAAAAAGACAGCAGGUGGAGUUUGGCUGCGGGAGCAUUAUAAGCUGUGCAAUUUCAAAUGGCACAAAAAAGUUUUGGUGAAAGAGCUUUUUAGUGACAUUUAGUAGCAGCAAAAUGUGUGUUUUUUACUCUUACUCUGUAUUACAGUAAACAACAGUAAUGGUUGUUUAUGUACUUGAAUUUGCUUUGUUUACUGAAGUUAGUGAAAGAAAUGUUUAGAUCAUGUUUUUAAAAAAUAUUUUAAUAUUUAUUACAUUUUAUUUAUGAAGGUACAAACAUACAUUUGUACAGAGUGAAGCGAUUUAAAAGCCCACCUCUUAUUCCGUUAUCUACACUGAGACUGCUCCUGCCUUGUUAAUAAACAUGCAAAACCUCAUUGUCUGAUAAUGAAGCACAAGCUCCUGGGAUUAUUUCUACUGCCUAGCAAGCUGUAAUAUUACAAAUUCCAUUAAAAAUUCUCAAAAAAGGAGACAAAUGCUCACACACAGGUCCCGUUUAAUGACCCGAAGUAGCAGAUGAGUCAGAUGAGCAUGAGCUGCCUGUGUAAGGACACCUGUAAGUCAUCACUGCCCCCUGAUGGGGACUGACUUCCCCAGCCUGAACUGCAAUUUUUGCCACUUCAGCUUUGGCCUCAUUUUUCUGCUGUUGACAACUACUUACAACACACACACACUUCCUAAACUGCUAAUUUUGAACAA